AUGAAAGUCGAAGUUCAUAUGAUCGUCAUUGGAAGUGUAAAUCUUGAACUAUUUCUGGCGGUCACUAACUUCUCAAAUAUUCUGACUACAUUUUCUCUUGUGAAAAGCCUGUUUUUGCAUUUUUUAAAACCGCAGGUCGAGCGCAAUCGGAUGCUAAAUGCAAAAUCGGCCAAUGUUGACAUGAGACUGGCAAGUACUUUAAGAAACCGAGAAGAAGACGAUGCUCGGGAUCUUGCGCUUCGCAAAAUGGCCAAUGACGUGCGCUACGGUUGUUACUUGAACCAAAUCGCCCAGGAGGAGGUGGCCGCGGACCAGAUGAGGGCACAGGAAGCCCAGAAGAGACGCGAGGAAUUCAAGGCCGAUAUGCAACAGCAGGCGGAAACUCGCGAACAGCGACGUCUGGAGGCCUACAAGGAGUUUCUGCGCGAUAAAAUGCUCAUCGAUGAGGUUGUCCGAAAGAUUCAUGAAGAAGACCAACGUGAGGCCGAACGAAAGCUGGUUUUAAAACGAGAGAACAAAGCUCUGAUUGAGGAAUUCAAGGUCUGCCAGGAAAACUGGAAAAAGGCCGAGGCGAAGCGCAUUCAGGCUGAAAACGAGCGCGUUGCGCGAUAUCUUGCCGAACAGGAGACUCGCGUCAAAGAGAGCGAUGCCGGCAAGGCAGAACGCCAGCAGCGUCUUGAGGAGGUGCAGGCGAAUUUGGCAAAGAUUAUUCAGCAGAAGGAGCAGGAGCGCACUGAAAUGGAAAACUUGAGUCAGUUGUUGGCUCAGGAGAAGGAGAAUGCGAGGGCGGCCCAACAUGAAGCAGCUGAACUGGAGGAGAAGCUGCGGCGACGCCUCAUCCUGCACAAGGAACAUGAACUUUACAUGGCUCGAAGAGCGAAAGAAUGUGAGCGCCUGGUGGAAGAGAAGCGAAAUCGGUUGGAAGAACAGAAGAAGCAGGAACAGGCCGAGGCCCUGGCUCAAUGCGAACGGGAGGACUACAGGCGCAAAAUAAUCGAGGAGGAGAGAAUCCGCCUGCUGCAGGAGCAUGCCGGCUCCCUGCUUGACGAAAAGGAAUUUGCGGCCUUGGAUGAUAAGGUUAAAAGUGCUCUCCGUGCCGCUCCUGGGCCCGCUGCCUACGGCUCUGAUGCCGAAAGCACGUCUUACGACUCUUCUGCUCAACCUACAUGUAAUCAUACCUUCGACUACACGGACCUGCGUUCCAGUCCUAACACCCCAGCUCUUAGGCGGCCGUUUUAG